CACAAUUAUAUGUUUUACACGGUUUAGGACAGUUUUGGGGCGGAGUUAUGGUAAUUCAAGACUAAAAGACAAGGAUUUUAUUUCUCUGGUCAUUGAAACGCGUCGAAAGAAAAGAAACGUUCUGGGACAGGAGGACAUUUCUAAUGGGAUGUGUCUGGGAAACUUCCAGAGGGAGGGAUCAGAUACUUGGACCUCCUCCUUUCGAUAUGGAGGAGCAGCAGCUCUUCUCCAAGCUCUUCCAGAUGAUGAAAAUGACUGACUCCUGCCUAAACAAGUCUGACCAACGCAGUCACAUUGAAGAUGGGAACAGUGAGCUCUCAUCAGACUUCAGCAUCUUACCAGAACCACAGCAUUCCUGCAUGAAGAGUAAAGAACACCUCCAGGUUUACCUCAGAAUCAGACCCUUCAGCUCAGCAGAGAGCAGCGGUGGAGAGUCACAGGACUGUGUUACCAUGGAAACCCCAGAUACAGUUCUUCUGAAGCCUCCCAGUUUGUCCCUAUUGGCCAGACUCAGCAGUGAUCAAUCCCUUCCACAGACUGGCCAGCGAUUCCAGUUCUCUAAGGUUUACGGUCCAGAAACAACACAAAACGAGCUGUUUGAAGGCACCGUCAAAGAUCUGGUCAAAGAUGUUCUGGAAGGAGGAAACUCUCUGGUUUUCACCUACGGAGUCACUAACUCCGGCAAGACCUUUACGUUCUUAGGUCCAGAUUGUGAAGCUGGAAUCCUGCCCCGGUCUCUCCAUGUGAUCUUCAGCAGCAUCCAUGAUCACGUUUUCCAGGGACUGGGUGUCAAACCUCACCGCUGCAGGGAGUUCACGGUCCUGAACCGGGAACAGCAGGCGCAGGAGGCGCUGUUCAAAAAGAACCUGCUGAAGCAGUUCAAAGAGAAUGAGAAGUCUAAUAUCAGCCUGCUGAACAUGACCAACCAGACUUUGCUUGAAGGCUCCACCGUGAUGGGGACAAAUGCAGCAGCUGAAGAUGAAAUCAGCUUGAAGUUCAAACCAAACACUAAGUUCUCUGUGUGGGUUUCCUUCUGUGAAAUCUACAACGAGAACAUUCACGACCUCCUGGAGGUGGCCCCCAGCGGAGCCCCGAGAAGGGCCGCACUGCGGCUGUCGCAGGACGUGAAGGGCAACGCCUUUGUCAAAGAUCUGCGCUGGGUUCAGGUGAACAGCGCUGAAGAGGCGUAUAAAGUGGUUAAACUGGGGAGGAGGAACCAGAGCUUCUCCUCCACUCGACUUAACCAGCUCUCCAGCAGGAGUCACAGUAUUUUCUCCAUUCGGAUUUUGACUGUAGAGGAAAUUGAGCCUCCAAGAGUCCACAGCAUCAGCGAGUUGUGUCUCUGUGACCUGGCCGGGUCGGAGCGAUGUGCCAAGACUCAGAAUAAAGGAGAGCGUCUGAAGGAAGCUGGAAACAUCAACACCUCGCUGCUCAUCUUAGGGAAAUGUAUCAAAGCUCUGCGACACAACCAGCAGACCAAGCUUCUGCAGCACGUUCCCUUCAGGGAAAGUAAGCUGACCCACUACCUGCAGGGCUUUUUCUGUGGCCGAGGCAGAGCCUGCAUGAUCGUCAACAUCAACCAGUGUGCCUCCAUGUACGACGAGACUCUCAACGUCCUUAAAUUCUCAGCCGUGGCGCGGAAGGUGGUCGUUCUGAUCUCCAGGCCCAUCCCCAUCGUUCCUCAGGCUUCCUGCAGUGACUCCUCCUUCAGCCGAACCUCUGGCAGGAAGACCGUGAUGAGCAGCAGCAGCAGCUCCCUGACUGGCUGGGAAACCAGUCUUGAAGAUGUUCAGGAGGAUGAGGAGGAAGCCAGUCUCAUGGAGGACACCAUGGAUCAGACGGAUGAUAGAGAGAGUGAUGAAAGCGAUGAAAUCAUUGUCAGUAAAAGGGUGCAUGAGAGACAGGUGGCGCUGUCGAAGGAGCUGCAGCUCCAUCUGAAGAAGGAGCGAGCAGAGAAUCUGCUCCUGGAGACUCAAGUCAGAGAGGAAGUCAGCAGAGAGUUCUCAGAGCUUUUCUCCAACAUGCGGAGAGACUACGAGGAGCGCCUGGUCAGGGAGAAAGAAAUCCUGGAGGAGCGAGCUGAACGGAGGCUGGAGAUUUUCAAGAAUCUGACUAAGAAGAUGUCCUCAGCUGGAUCCAGCUCAGAUAUUCAGACCACGGAAGCUUUAGCUGCACUUAACGAGGAGAAGACAAAAAGAGAAGAGAUGCUUGCUGCUCUGGAGUACCAGACGUUGGGAAAAGAGGAGGCGUUGGCUUCCUUACAGGAGGAGAGGAAAGCAAGAGAGGAGGCUGUCACUGCUCUGGAGGAGCUGAGGAAGAAGGGAGAGGAGCUGCUGGCAUCACUUGAAGAGGAGCGAAAGGAGAGGGAAAAGGCUACUGCUGCUCUGGAAGCUGAGAGGAGAGCCAAUCAGGAGGCCACAGCCCAGCUGGAACAGGAAAAACAAAGCAAGGAGGAGGUCCGGUCGGCUCUGGAGGUGCAAAGGAAGGAGAUCAGCAGGCUGGUUCAGGACAAAGAACAGAGGCGGCAGCAGGAGAAAAAUCUGACUGACAAACUGGAGGCUCAGACGCAGAGCGCUGAAAACCACUCGGCCCAAAUCCAAGCUGCUGAGGCGGAGCUGGACGUAAAAUCCAAGGAGAUCCAGGAUCAAUCCUGUCAGAUCCACAUCCUGACACAAGAGGUUCAGAGACUAAACCAGGAGCUGCAGACAUCAGGUUCUUCUGAAGGUGUCAUCAGUCUGCUAAGAGAGGAAAUCUCUGAGCUCAGGAAGAGUCUGGCUGAGGAGAAGAAAAACAACGACGCAAAGCAGAAACGAAUCCAGGAACUGGAGCGUGAGCUUAAGGAGGUAACACACCAACAUCUGUGUUCUGACCAGGUCACAGACAAACUGAAACAGACCAGAGCUGCUUUAGAGCAACAAGUUGAAGAGCUGAAUAAGAAGCUUAAAGAGGAGGAAGAACUCAGAGUCCAGCUCGACUCCCAACGAGAAACAUCCAAACAUGAAGCAGAUCAGCAGACAGUGAAGGUUCAGGAGCAAGAAGAGAUGUUGGAAGAACUCAGAGCCCAGCUCCAAUCCCAACAUCAGACUUCCAAACAGGAAGCUGAGUUGCUGAAAGCGAAACUUCACAAUAAAACCCAAGCCUCAGAGCAGCAGGUGCAGCAGCUCAGUCAGAAGCUGCAAGAGCAGGAAGUCUCAUCGAAGCAGCAGCUGGAGAAGUUGGAGCAGAAACUGAAUGAACAAAAAGCUGAAUCCAUCAAACUGCUGGAGGAACUGAAGCAGAAGCUUAGAGAGCAGCAAGAAGCUGCAGAAAAACUCAGGAAUGACUUCAAAGAAGCUCAGCUCAGCAACGCAACCAUCUCAUCCAGCGCUGAAGAUCUACAGAGAGUAAACGCUGAUCUCCAGAGUGAAAUUACAUCUCUGAAAGAAAAGCUGUCCAGUCUGGAGACAACUACAGAGGCUUCCUCUAAGAUGGAGCAGAUGAUAACAGAAAAGGACAAACAGAUGGAGGAGAAGCUAGCACAGAUGGAGACAUCUGCUCAGAGAGAAGCAGUGCUCCAGGAGAAGCUGCAGGACGCAGAGCGACAGGUCACAUCUCUGCAGAAGAGUCUGCAGGAAGCAAAGGAACGGCGAGAAGAGGAGGAGUGUCAGGCAGUUCAGGAAGCCCGGAAAAGAGAGGCAGAGAGGCGCCGGGAGCUGCUGGCUGUGGCUCAUGAAGCUAUAGCUCAGAAGGAUGCAGAGCUGGAGAAGAAGGCAGAGGAGAUCAGCAGGCUAAAGGAGAACACUCAGCAGGAUGCAGAGAAAGUGAAGAACCUCAGUCUGGAGCUUCAGAGGAAAGUUGACGACUCCUCAGACCUUCGAGAGAAGCUGGCCGACUACAAGAAGCAGAUCCAGCAGGUCCAGAAGGAGAUCUCAUCCAUGAGAGAAGAGGAGAAACUUCUGAAGCAGAAGCUGACUGAUGUGGAAAAAGUCAAGAGACAGCUUCAGUCGGACCUCAGCAACAGAGACAGAACCAUCCAGCAGCUCAGAACGGACCAACCGGACCCCAGAUCUGAUCCCACUCUGCAGCUCUACCAGAAGGCCUGUAAAGAGCUUGAUGCCAAGCAGCGUCUGAUGGAGGAUAUGCGUCUGGCUUUGACUGAGCAGGAGGAAACGCAGGAGCAGAUGGAGCAGGUCCUUGAUGAGAAGAUGAGUCUCCUCCAGGAGCUCUCUGCUGAGGUGGAGAAACUGAAGAGCAAGUUGCUGCAGCAGGACAAUGAAACUCCUCCCCAUGAAGCCGACGGGCCAUCAGAAGACCUCAAACUAGCCAAAGAUGAAGCUUCACAAGCUCAGGAGAGCUUAAAGAUCUUCACGGAAAAACACCAGGCUGAACGCAGGAAGUGGCAGGAGGAGAAACUGUCUCUGAUUGGUCAAGCCAAGGAGGCAGAACACAAGAGGAAUCAGGAAAUGAGGAAGUUUGCAGAAGACAGAGAGCGCUACUCUCGUCAGCAGAGCCUCUUAGAGUCCAAGCUGGUGGAGAAGGAUAAGGCCAUGGAGAACUGGAGGAAGGAGAGGGACACGCUGGUUGCUGCUUUGGAGGUGCAACUGCAGAAGCUCCUGUCCAGCCAAGCAGAGAAAGAUAGACUCAUUAAAGAGCUGCAGGAGCAAAGCACAAAGCAACCACCAGAGGUUAAUGAUGGCGGGAGUUCUCCCAGAGUGGCUGAGCUUCAGGCAGCUCUGGCGGAGAAGGAGGCAGAGAUCCUGCGGCUGAAGGAAGACCUGGAGGCCUCAGCAAGGAAACAGGAAAGCACACCAGCGCAGACUAAACAGAAGGUGAGUUCUGCUGUUCUGGCCCAGAAACCAAAGUGUGAAACCAGUACCACAAAUCCAGCAAGGAGGGAGACCAGAGUCUCAGUCAGCAGUCAGGGCUCGUUUGGCUUCCCGUCGGUGCUCGACUCCUCCGAGGUUUCCACGGAGAACGGCCGGACCAGCCGCUUCCCCCGCCCAGAGCUGGAGAUCUCCUUCAGCCCUCUGCAGCCAAACCGCAUAGCACUGAAGCGCCAGGGGGAGGAGAACGCCGUCACCGUCAAAAUCACUCGCACAGCACGCAAGAGGAAGAGCGGGGAGAUGGAGAAGUCUCACAUUUUCAGGAGGAGUAAAAGACGAACAACACUUCAGCAGGAGGAAGUGGAGGCAGGGAACCGAAGGAACACCAGAACCAAACUCACACCAAAGCUGACCCCACAGAAAGAGGAGAGUUCUUCCCCAGCUCUUCGCCAUGACUUGCAGAACAGCAGCAGGAAGGACGGGACCCUGCAGAAGAUCGGAGACUUCCUGCAGAGCUCCCCAACGCUGCUGGGCUCUAAAGCCAAGAAGAUGAUGGGCCUGGUCAGCGGUCAUCUUGAUUCCCACUCAGCAUCCUCCUCUUCCUCCCUCAGUCUGAGGGUCAAGAGGGGCAGGAAGAAACUCUACACAGCUGAGAUCUCCCACCCCAUGGAAAUGCCCCCACACCCGAUAAUGAACCAGGAGACGGACAGCAGCGAGAGCGACCAUCAGGUCAUCAAACGCCGGCUCCGCUCCAGAGUGGCUAAAUGCUGACCCUGUACUCCACUACGGUUCCUCAUACUGUCCUAAUGAAGCUGCUUAUGAUUCAGAA